CACCGCGCAACUGUCCCAGCAAUUGUCAGUGCUGAUCUGUUGCCGCAGAUUCAGUCACUUCAUGACACCAUUGUUUGUGUAGCAGUUGACUGUCGGACGAUCUUCCUAGGGUGAAACAACGACAACCCGCACAGUAGUAGUCGGGAAAAACGCCUCGUCUCUAGCAGCUGGCUACUAGAUCACACGCAGCGCAGUUAGUCGCGUCGCCAUGACCGCCUCGCUCGAGAGGCCCUGUCGCACCACCAUCGGGUUGCUUCGAGCGCGCGUGGCGGUGCUUCUCGUCGCGCUUCUCCUAACCGCGGCUUUCCCGCCCGCCACUAGCAUGAUCGGCGCCUCCCAGGAGAGCGCUGGCGUGUCGCCUUCCGUGUACAUCGUCACUCUGCGAUCCGCGCAGCCCGUGCUCUCCUACCGCGGGGGCAUCCCCGGAAUUCCCCCCACGGCGCCCCCCCUGCUCUCCAGCGCGGUCAAGGCUGCGCGCAACGGCAUGCGGAACUUCUUCCGCAGCCGCCAUUUCCGCCCCCGCCCGCAGCUGCGCACGAGCGCGGCGCAGAAGCUUAGCGCGUUCUUGCGGCAGCAGCAGCGCUAUGUCGCGGAAUCCGUGGGGGUUUCGCGGAAGAACAUCCUGCACAGCUAUCGUUAUCUCCGCCACGGCUUCGCGGCGCGGCUAUCCCCGACGCAGGCGCGGCGGCUGGCGCGGCACCCCGCCGUGGCGCGAGUGCGCGCGAGCGUGCGGCUCUACCCCGCCACCACGCACUCGCCCGCCUUCCUCAAACUCCCCGCGUCGCUUUGGAACGCGUCGGGGGGCGCGGAGGGGGAGGGCGCGGGGGAGGGGGUGGUGAUAGGCGUGAUUGACAGCGGCAUAUGGCCCGAGCACCCGUCGUUCAGCAAUCCUGCGCGCACGUUCGGCGGCCCUCCGCCGGGGUGGGCGGGGACGUGCGAGGACACGGGGGACUUCGAGGCGGCAUCGGCGUGCGGGGAGAAGAUCGUGGGCGCGCGCUCGUUCUGGGGCGCGGUGGCGCAGAGCGAGGGGGAGAUCGACCUCACCUCGGACUUCAUGUCCCCCCGCGACUCCAAGGGACACGGCUCCUGGUGCGCCGGAGCGGCGGCGGGCAACGGCGGCGUGCAGGUGACGGCGUCCAACGGGCAGAGCCUGGGCCUGGCGAGCGGCAUGGCGCCGCGCGCGCGCCUCGCGGUGUACAAGGUGCUGUGGCGGCUGACGGGCGGCGAGGAUGUGGCGGCGCUGGCGGACGUGCAGGCGGCGGUGGAGCAGGCCGUAUUGGACGGUGUGGAUGUAAUCUCCAUCUCGCUCGCGGGGAUCUACGAGAACAGCGAUUACUUCGACGAUGUGGAUUACUUGAACGCGAUCAAGGCGGGCGUGGUGAUCGUGGUGGCAGCGGGCAAUGCGGGGCGGCCGCCCAGCGAGUGGAGCUACCGCACGCUGAGCAACUUCUCGCCUUACUACCUCACCGUGGGGGCCUGCUCCAUAGGGCGGCGCUACACCACGGACGUCACGCUCAGCAGCGGCGUGACGGUGACGGGCGCGGGCAUGGGCGGCAACAAGGACACGGCGGCCGGGCUGCCCAUUAUCCUCGGCCGCAACGGACUGCUGCCAAACCACGACAACAUCGAGGGCGACUACUGCUAUCCGACUUCGCUGGACCCGAGCAGGGUGGCGGGCAAGAUAGUAGUGUGCAUCAACGGCAAGGCGCGUGUGUGGGAGAAGGUGCGCGAGGUGGUGGGCGCAGGCGGGCUGGCCAUGGUGCUGGUGAACGACCCGCAGGGCGAGCCGUACCUGCGCGAUAAUUACGACUCGUCCAUCCCCAUUGUGCACCUCUCUGCCGCUGAUGGCAGUAAGCUGCGGCGCGCCAUGAAGGCCCUGAAAAACCCCACAGCGGUGUUCCCAGAGUCCUUCACCGUCGCCACGGUCCCCGAGGCACCCGUCAUCGCCUCCUUCUCCUCCACAGGGCCCGUGCAAGUGCCCUCCAUUACCCCCUCGCACGCGCUCCCCACCAACGACAUCCUUAAACCGGACCUAGUCGCGCCAGGACUAAGUUUGUGGUCUGCUGCUGUCGGCAGCAUGGACGACCCCGGGGUGGUGAGGUUCGGGCUGGCUUCGGGGACGUCCAUGGCGACGCCGCACGUGGCGGGCGUGGCGGCGCUGCUGGUGCAGCGUAACCCCACGUGGAGUCCGGCGCAGGUGAUGUCGGCCAUGCUGACCAGUGCUGCCACCACCAACGACGCUGGCAAGCCCAUCAAGCUCGAGAGCGGCGUGACCGCCACGCCGUGGGAGAUGGGUGCGGGGAUGAUCAACCCGCCGGGGAUGCUGGAUCCUGGCUUGACCUACAACAUGGACUCUCAGGAUCUGCUGAAUUUCCUCGCCGGCCAAAACGUAUCGGCUGCGGUGAAACUGUUCAACGCUGGUCCGCUGAGUGCGAUCCCAGCGUACAAUCUCAACCGGCCGUCGAUUUCCGUGUCUCGGCUGACGGGGACUGUGAUGGUGGCUCGCACGGUUACGAAUGUUGCCGGAGUGCCGUCGACAUAUAGAGCGACUGUCGUUGCGCCAACUGGUGUGAAGGUGGUUGUUACACCAUCUUCCUUCACUAUUGAGAAGGAUGCGUCCAUACCUUACACUGUAACGCUGUCUGUUACACGGUCAUCUGCCGGACGGUUUGCAUUUGGCAGCAUUACAUGGGUUGAUGACUUGGGACACUCGGUGAGAUCUGUGAUUGCAGUGCAGCCACUGAAGGCACUGAGGAGAAAGUAGUGCUCUGCUGCAACAUCUCCAUGUAUGGCAGCUCGCAAGGCUGUAAGUGUAGAAUAUUGUACUCUUGGUGAACUGAGAGACUCCUGUGUAUUAUUUAAUGAGUGCAUGUUAGCUACCACUGUUCUGUUUUAUUUUUACUAAGAUUUUCUUGAAAAUG